GUUCAGAGUCUGCCCUCCUGGGGGUGACCACGCAGGGGGAGCCGGCAGCCCCGCCCCCGCCGCACCUGCGCCUUAUCAGGGCCCCGCUCGGCCUCGCCCCACACUGUGGGCCCCUCUGCCACCGCCGCUCGCUCUGCGCGUGGCCAUGGAGACCCUGGGGACCCUCCUUGUCCUGGGGGCCUUGCUCCUGUCGCCUGUGGACGCCCAGGAGGCCUCCGGGCGCCGCCUGAAGCCGUGGCUGGUGGGGCUGGCGGCCGUGGUGGGCUUCCUCUUCCUCGUCUUCGUGGUGCUGCUGGUCAACCGCAUCUGGUGCACCAAGGCCAGAGCUGAGGACGAGGAGGCGGCGGCCUUCGGGGUGGAGAGCAACCCGUACCAGGACCUGGACCUCAGCCAGGAACCCAAGAAGAAGAAGGGGAAGGAGGCGCAGGACAGAGAGGGCGGCCCGGGCCUGGAGCUGCAGGGGAGAGAUGCGCUCGAGGACGACGGGAAAACGAAGAAGACAGCCCUGUGAGGGCGCCUCCGCCGCCUCCAGGCAGCCCCCCGGGAUGCCGGCCCCACCCAGCCGGCCGCGGCACCUGCUCCUGCCCGCCUUGCGUGCCCUCUGCCUGACGCCGGCCGGCCCCCGGGCGACUCCAGGGUCGGGCCGAGGCCGAGCGUUCGCGCUCCCUGCGCCCAGGACGCUGCCUCCUCGCUGGCUGCCCCCAGCCCUCCGGGCCCUGGACCUCGCCCCGGGCGGCCGCGGCUCCCGAGGGCGGGCCUGGGCCUGGGGCGGGCGCUGCCGUCGGCGAGCGGCGCCGGAUCACCCACCAGGGGGCGGGAACCCCGAAUAAAGCCCCUGGA